GAUCGAACACAAUCGUCUUCUGACAAGAGAAAAUAUUUUGACAUUUAAUAAUAAACAGAAUUUGAAUAUUGUGUGGAAAUGAAAAAUUUUAUUGAAGUUAAUUAUUUAUUUUUGCAGAUGAAAAUUUAAAAAAUUUUAAUUGUUUUAAAUUUUAUAAAUCGAAAUUAAUAAAUAAAUAAAUAAUUUGUGAUUGAGGUUAACAUGCAAUAAGUUUUUAAUUUUUAAAAAAGUAAUUGUUUGUUAAUUAUUACUUUUGCAUGUAAAAAUGAGUACAAAUUCACCAAUUGCAACUAAAAUUGGGUUAAUGUGGCAACAACAAGUUUUUGCACUUGAUGCAAAAUAUAAUUCACGUCGGGUAUCCAGUCAACCAGGAUUUGGAUUACUUUAUCUUCGUCGAAGAAAUCAACUUUUGCGUGAAGCAAAUCCUGCAAAUACUGAAAAUCGACUGUCUUAUGUAAAAUUGAGGUCUGAGUUACUCCGUGUACGAUAUGGGUCACCAUCUGACUGUAUCAGUUUGUCAUCUCGUGCAUCAAUAGACGGAAUUUCCGAAAGCAGUUUAAUAAAAGAAAAAUCAACAAAAAAAACAACCGCUGAAAGUUUUGCUUUUGCUGGAGUUCAUCAUGUGUUUGAUCAACAUAAAGCCGCAAUAACGGCAUUAAAGUUUGCUAAUAAUGACCGAUCAAGACUAUGUUGCGCGUCGUUUGAUGGCACAAUAACAAUUUGUGAUGUAACGAGCACGCCACCUAAAAUUUUGGUCAAAUUAGAAGAUCAUAAGAAAGGUGUAACAGCAAUAGAUUGGAGUAUCAGUAAUGAUUUUAUUGUUUCAUCAUCUCUUGAUGCUACUGUAAGACUUUGGGGAAUAACUGAAGACUCGACAACUGUUUGCUUACGAACUGUUGGAGAUCAAGUUAGAUCAGAAGUACUGUGCUGUGGUUUUGUACCUGCUAAUAAUAAUUUAGUUAUCACUGGUAAUGCUGUGGGACUUCUUCAAGUACUCAAUAUUUCAACAGGAAUUUAUCCUCGUGGAGGGACGUCUAAAAUAGGUGGCAAGGUCUUGUCAUUAACUUGCGAAGAAAGUGGUGGGUCAUUAGUGUGGGCUGGUAAUGAUCGAGGAAUAAUUAUAUCACUUAAAUUAGAGCCAGGCUCGGGACGAUUAUCCAAAUUGAGAAGAAUUGAAACAGUGGGUAAUACUGCUAUCACAAGUUUAUCUUGGAGAUCCUGGUUAUCACGAGAAUCACCUUCACCUACGCUUCUUGCUAGCACUGCCUGUAAUGCUGUAAUACUCUACAGAGUUACUGAUCUUCAAGGGACUUUGAAGAUCUGGAGAAAUUAUCCGGUGAAACAUAGGCAAUAUCUAGUGAGAUCAACGUUUUGCCCGCAAAUGGGCGCGUGCUUAAUAGCCAGUGGAUCAGAAGAUGGCUCGGUUCAUCUGUUGGACACUUCACGUGAUGGCAAAGCCGCACAGGUUAAUAGACUCUAUGGACAUUCCGCCCCAAUUCUCGCCCUCAGCUUCAACUACGACGAGUCACAUCUUGCUACCGGUGAUCAUCAGGGUCUUAUUAUUAUUUGGCGCAAUUAAAUAAUUUAUUUUAAUAAUAAGUUAUGUAAAAUAUCUACUCUUUAAAUUAUAUAAUAUAUAUUGUUCGAGAUGUCGAAAAAAAAUACUGUUAAAGUUUGAGCUCUUAAUAUUAAAAUUAACAACCGCCUCAUCGCAAUUUUCGAUUUUUCAUUUAAAUAACAUGGGAAAAAUUUUUUUUAAAGUUUGGAAUUCUAUCACUCACCAGGGAAUCGGUGCAUCGGAAAAAUUAAUGACUAUUUUUGUUGAAAAUUGAAUGAUCUACAAAAAAGGUCUCCUAUCAUUUUUCGAUAAAUUUAAUUUUUCAAAAGUUACUCGAGGUCAAAGUUGGAUCCAUAAUAAAUUUUAGUAUUAUUUGACUUUUUCUUAUCUUAAAAUGUUGUAGGACCUUUUUUGUAGAUCAUUUCACUUCCUACAAGUUAUUUUUCGCAAAGUUUUCUGAAUUCCUGAAAGCCCUUUAGUUAUUUUCAUUUGAAUGUUAAUUCGUUCCAAGAAAUCGUAUUCUGGUCGAUUUUAUUUGCUUACCUUUGAACGCAAAUAACUAAAGAACUUUCAAUAAUUUCGGAAACUUGAUAAGAGAUAAUUUAUAGGAAAUCAAAUGAUCUACAAAAAAGGUUCUAUAACAUUUUAAGAUAAGUCUGAUAGUUUCGCCGAAAAAGUCAAAUAAUACUAAAAUUUACAAUGAAUCCAACUUUGACCUCGAACAACUUUUGAAAAAUUAAAUUUAUCGAAAAAUGAUAAGAGACCUUUUUUGUAGAGCGUUCUAUUUUUAACAAAAAUAUUCAUUGAUAUUUCCGAUACACCGAUUUCCUGGUGAGUGACAGAAUUCCAAACUUUCAAAAAAAUUUCCCCAUGUCAUUUAAAUAGGAAAUUAAAAAUUGCGAUGAGACGGUGGUUAAUAUUAAUAUUAAGAGCUCAAACUUUAACAGUAUUUUUUUUCGUCAUCUCGAACAAUAUCUUCCAUAUAAUUUUUGAAAAAAAAAAUAGCCGAUUUUUUUGAAUCAGUCUAAUGCAGAGUAUUUUGUCGUUCU